AUGGGUAGCAAAUCCGCCACAAAGGACAUUUCCAAGAUCAAGAAGGCCGACAAAAAGGACUCCAAGAAGGCCGUCAAGGCUACUGAGCCCGCCUCUGAGAGCGGAGCAUCCACCUCCAGUGAUGAGUCUACUUCCAGUGAUGAUUCUUCGGACUCUGAUUCUGACUCUAGCGACUCUGACUCCAGCGGUUCAGAUUCCUCCGACUCUUCUGAUUCGAGCGACUCUGAUUCCAGUGACUCUGACUCUGACUCUGACUCUGAGGAUGAGAAGCCUGUGAAGAAGGAGGAGACCAAGGAAGAGAACGAGUCUUCAUCUUCCGACUCCGAUUCUGACUCGGAUAGCGACUCUUCCUCCUCGUCUUCUGACUCCGAUUCUGAUUCUGAUUCUGAUUCUGACUCCGAUUCCGCGGACGAGAACGAGAAAAAAGAGACUAAGGAGGUCAAGGAGGUCAAGGAGGACAAGAAGGAGGCCAAGAAGGAGGCCAAGAAGGAGGCCAAGAAGGAGGAGUCUUCUGAUUCCGGUUCUUCUGAGUCUUCCGAUUCUGACUCCGAUUCUGACUCUGACUCUGACUCCUCCAGCUCUGACUCCUCCAGCUCUGACUCCGAUUCUGACUCUGACUCCUCCAGCUCUGACUCCGAUUCUGACUCUGACUCAUCCAGUUCUGAUUCUGACUCUGACUCCGAUUCUGAUUCUGAUUCUGACUCCGAUUCUGACUCCGACUCUGAUGACGAGAAGGAGACCAAGAAAGAGACCAAGAAAGAGACCAAGAAAGAGACCAAGAAAGAGACCAAGAAGGAAGAUGCGAAGGAUGUUGAGAUGAAGGAUGCUUCCUCUGAUUCCUCUGAUUCCUCUGAUUCUUCUGAUUCUUCUGAUUCUUCUGAUUCUUCUGAUUCUUCUGAUUCUUCUGAUUCGGACUCGUCUUCUGAUUCGGACUCUUCGUCUUCCGAUUCGGAUUCUUCCUCCGACUCCGACUCUUCGUCUUCCGAUUCGGAUUCUUCCUCCGACUCCGACUCUUCUUCCUCGUCGGACUCUGACUCCUCUGACUCUGACUCGUCUUCUUCGUCGGACUCUGACUCUGAUUCUUCUGAUGAGGAGGAGCAGCCUCCUGCCAAGAAGCGAAAGGCGGAGGAGAUUGAGGUGGAGUCUCUGGUUAUCAAAAAGCCCAAGACUGACUCCCCUGUGGACAACAGCUACGUGGAGGCAACUUUCGAGGAGGAGGGGGGACGAAAGUUCUUCUCUCGAAUCGAUCGAACUAAGAUCUCCUUCGAGGACCAGUCUCUCAUGGACAACACAUACAAGGGCGCCGCCGGAACUUGGGGUGAAAUGGCCAACGACAAGCUGAUGAAGGUCCGAGGAAAGGAUUUCACCAAGGGCAAGAACAAGAUGAAGAAGGGUGCUUACAAGGGAGGAUCCAUCACCAUGUCUUCCGGCAGUUACAAGUUCACCGACUAA